UGAAAUUUACCGCCACGGACAGCAACAAGAUUUCCCGUCAUGAUGUGAUCCAAUCUCCGUCUUCCGCGUGUCGAAUUGGAAUCUUUCAGUUUUCACGCCGGCAAAGUCUCCACCUCCAAAACGGCUCUGAAUUGACUAUAAAUCAAUACAACAACAACAAGUGGAAGACUGAAUCGUCCCGUGAAGCGGAUGGGAUUGGUUUUGGGAGCUCUGUCGUUGGUGCUCAUCUCGAUCCUAGGGAGGAUCCUUUUCCGGCAGAUUUGGCGACCCUACGCGAUCACAAAUGACUUCAGGAAGCAAGGUGUGACCGGCCCGAGUUACAGAUUUUGGUCGGGAUCCAUCGAGGAGAUCAAAAGCUUGAAGAAAGCCGGAAGCGACUUGAUUCUCGAAAACGACUGUCAUGAUAUCACCAAAAGAGUUAUCGUGCACUACCGCGAGUGGAUCCCUAGAUAUGGGGAAACAUUUUUGUUCUGGGUUAGAUCGGAACCCAGGAUUUGUGUGAGUGAUGUGCAGAUGGUCAAGCAGAUUUUGUCAAACAAGUCUGGCUUCUUCCACAAGAUGGAAGUGCCUCCCAGCGUUUUGUCCCUCUUCGGUAAGGGCUUGGUGUUGGUGGAAGGAGAAGAGUGGGAGAGACAUCGCAGGGUUGUCAACCCCGCUUUCGCCAUUGACAAACUCAAGCUCCUAACGAAAACAAUGGCGGAAUGCACUAAAACAAUGAUUGAUGCAUGGCUAUACGAAACAAAUACAGAACAAGAUCGAAGAAAGGAAAUCGAUGUCGCAGAACGCUUCCAAGAAUUGACAGCAGAUGUGAUCUCUCACACAGCAUUUGGAAGCAGUUACAAAGAGGGAAAGGAAGUGUUCUUAGCCCAAAGAAAACUUCAAUUUCUGGUCGCAGCUUCAUUUCUGAAACUGACCUUCCCUGGAUCGAAGUACUACCCUACAAAGAACAAUUUGCAGAAGUGGAAGUUAGAACGAAUAAUCAGAAACACACUGAUAAGCAUCAUAGAGAGUAGAUUGGACUCCAAGGAUGGUUCUGGAUUUGGAAAUGAUCUACUUGGAUUGAUGUUAGAAGCGAGUCGAGUGCAAGAUAACAAACUACUGAGCAUGGAUGAGAUUAUAGAUGAGUGCAAGACCUUCUUUUUUGCGGGGCAAGAGACAACUUCACAUUUGCUAGCUUGGGCUAUGUUCUUGUUGAGCUCAAACCAAGAUUGGCAAGAGAGGGUCAGGGAUGAGGUGAUCGAAUAUUGUGGAAAUGAGAUUCCGAAUCCUGAAAUGCUCAGCAAGUUGAAGUUGGUCACCAUGGUGCUCCUUGAAACAUUGAGGCUCUAUGGCCCGAUUGUAUUGUUAGGACGAAAGACUGCUAAAGACAUUAGUUUCGGAAACAUAAACAUACCAAAGGACACUAAUUUGAUGAUCCCGAUAGCGAUGAUUCACAGGAAUAUGAAGCUUUGGGGAGCUGAUGCUAAUGAAUUCAAUCCUCUUAGGUUCGAGAAUGGGGUUUCAAAGGCUGCUACACAUCCAAAUGCAUUGCUUUCAUUCUCAAUCGGACCGCGUGCUUGCAUUGGACAAAAUUUCGCCAUGUUGGAAGCUAAGAUGGUGCUCGCGAUGAUCCUGCAACAGUUCCAAUUUACCUUGUCGCCUAAGUACAAGCAUGCUCCUGUCGAUGUGAUCACAUUGCAACCUAAAUUUGGGCUCCCUAUUAUCUUAAAGCCCUUGCUUGCCUGAAUCAUGAUGUUGCUAAAUUAUGUAUCUAUACGCAAACAUAUACGGAAUGUUUGACCCAUUGUCUCGAUACACCGCUGACAUGGCUGUUCAAAAUAAGCUUAUAGAUUUUGCCCUACGAUA